CCUUGUCAUACCAAGAGCAGCUGUCAAUACGACAAGCAAUUGGACAAAAAGUCACAAAACUCACAACAAAGUCAACCAUUAAGACAAGUCACUCGCAGAAAUGGCUGAUUUGUUGACCGUUCCAUUUAAGAAAUCUUCCGACGUAGACAUAGUCAAACCGCUGAAAAAUUUGAUUCACUCUACGUAUAACACCGGCGAUAACAAUGAAGACUUCAGCGACGCUAUUAACGAACUAAACCGACUAAGAACAACUGCUAUUUGGAAAGUGUUCGAGAAGUCGUCAUUAGACGUUAUUUACAGCUAUUAUGAUCAAUUGGUAUCGCUCGAGAGCAAGAUCCCGCCCCAGGAGGUGCAAAUACCUUUCAAGUGGAAGGAUGCAUUUGACAAAGGAUCUCUCUUUGGAGGCCGGAUGAGUCUUACUAUAAGCUCCUUAUCAUAUGAGAGAAUGUGCAUUCUGUUCAACAUAGCAGCCAUGCAAAGUGCCAUUGCAGCCCAACAGCCUCUGGACACUGAAGAGUCUCUCAAACUAGCAGCUAAAUUAUUACAGCAAUCAGCGGGGAUAUUUGCAUACUUGAAAGGCAACAUAAUGAUGGCGGUGCACCAGGAGACCACUCCUGACCUGAACCCUGAGACACUCAAUGCACUGUCUCAGUUGAUGCUCGCCCAGGCUCAAGAAGUCAUAGCCUACAAAUGUAUUCGAGACGAGAUGAAAGACAGCAUGGUGGCGAAGGUGAGCGCGCAGUGUGAGGAGCUGUACACGGACGCUCUGCGCUGCAUGCAGAAGGACGCGCUGAAGCCGCUGUGGGAGCGCGACUGGAUCCCCACCGUGCAAGGCAAGCAGAACACGUUCCGCGGCCUGGCGCAGUACUACCAGGCGCAGGUGUGCCGCGCCGGCAAGGCGGUGGGCGAGGAGAUCGCGCGCCUCACGCUGGCGGCCGAGCUGCUGCGCGGCGCGCGGCCCGGCUCGCCCGGCGCCGACGCGGCCGUGCGCGCCGCGCGCCAGCUGGCGGCCGCCGUGCGCGACAACGACUUCAUCUACCACGAGCGCGUGCCCGAGGCGCGCGCGCUGGAGCCCAUCGCGCGGGCGCCCAUCGCCAAGGCGCUGGCGCCGCCGCCGCGCUGGGGCGCCGCGCCCGACCUGUUCGAGCGCCUCGUGCCCAUGCAGGUGCACCAGGCGCUGAUGGCCAGCGAGGCGCGCCGCGCGGACCUCGUCGGCGCCGAGAUCAAUAAGCUGCGCGAGGCCACGCAGCUGCUCAACAGUAUUCUGGCUUCGCUCAACCUGCCGGCGUGCAUCGAGUCGACGGGCGACGCGGGCCUGCCGGAAUCUAUUCGCGAAAAAGCGGCCGCGGUGCGCGCAGCUGGGGGGCUCGCUGCGAUACGCCGCCUUAUGGCCGAUCUGCCCGACCUGCUGCAGCGGAACCGUGAGAUCCUUACCGAGGCGGAACGCAUGCUGCGUGAGGAAGCGGAAGCGGACGCGGCGCUGCGUGCGCAGUUCGGUGCGCGUUGGACGCGGACGGAAUCGGAGAAACUUACCGAGGCCUUCCGCGCCAACGCCGCUAAAUACGCGGAGAUCAUCGACAACGCCGUGCGCGCUGACUCCAUUGUACAGCAAAAAUUCAAACAGCACGAGGAGAACAUUGAGCUCCUAAGCCGCAGCGAUGGUGAGAUCGACGCCGGCGUGCCGGACGCGCCCGUCGCCCGCGGCUCCGACGGCGACGCUCUGCAGACGCUCCGUUCGCUCAUGAAAACGGUGGAAGAAGUGAAGGCGGAGCGCGACGCGCUGGAGGCGGAGCUGAAGAGCGCCACCGUGGACCUGCGCGAGAAGUUCCUGACCGCGCUGGCGGAGGACGGCGCUGUGGACGAGCCCGCGCUGUCCGCCGGCGCGCUGGGCUCCGCGCUGGCGCCCCUGCAGCGCCGCGCGCAGGAGUCGCUGGGGCGCCAGGAGGAGCUGACCUCGGCGCUGCAGCGGGCGCACGCGGCGCUCAUGGCGGCGCGCGGGGGCGCCAGCGGCCGUGACGAGGCGCUGGGCCGUCUGUGCGCCGCCUACGACGCCUACCAGGACCUCACCGGCAAUCUCAAGGAAGGCUUCAGAUUCUACAAUGAUCUUACACAGCUACUGCUAGCGUUCCAGAACAAGGUGUCGGACUUCUGCUUCGCUCGCAAGACGGAGAAGGAAGAGCUGCUGAAAGACCUCACGCAGCAGGCCUCGCGCCCCGCGCCCGCGCCCCCCGCGCCUCGCACCGUUGACGAGCCCGCGGUGGUUAAGAAGGAGGCACCUCCCCGGCCACCGCCCCCCUCCGCCGGCGCCCCCUCCGCUGCAUCCACAGCGCACCCCGCUCCGCUGCCCUACCCGUCACAACCGCAAGGCAUGCCGCUGCCCUACGGCGCCGCGGCGGCGCCCUACCCGGUGUACGCGCCCAUGCCAGCGCUGUACAACCCGUACGCCACGCUGCCCUACCCGCACCACUCGCGCGCGCCGCCCGCCGCGCCCUACCAGCCCUACCAGUACCCGCCGCCCGCCGCCGGCUACCCGCAGCCGCCCCCCGCCGGCUACAACCCCUAUCGGCAGCAGUAGGCCCCGACACUCCCGACUCAAACAUGCUUAGCUCAAGCUGAACGUUUUUUUGUUACAUUAAAUUCAAAAUAUUACUGGCACGACCAACACUUCUCGUGCGGUCGAUAUAAACUAUUUUUCCUCUUACACGGUUACGCGUACUUCAUUUGCAAUCGUAGUUGCCAAAACUCUUAAUACGCUCUAUCAUUGAGUUAGCUAAAGGGGAUGAUAUAGUAAACGCAUAAUAUAAGAUCAUGAGUGAGUUUAACUGAACAGGGUGUCUGUGUGCUAGGGGUUCUAAGCAUAAUUAUUUUAUGUACAAAAUACACUUGAUACCAUUCUCUUUUAAUUAAGAAAAGUCCUUUUGGUUAUAGGUAACUAAUAAUAAAUAUAAUAAUACUACCAUAAUAAACUAUAUAUUUUAAAUUUAUUUCAAUGGAACGAGGAUUGUGUCCGUUAGCAACUGAUAUGUUGAACGAGGCGUGUUUGUUACUAUCGGAGUUUACUUGUUGUUAAGCAUUUAACAGAAAGCUUCAAGAAAUUAUUAUUAAAUUUAAAAUUGUUAAGUUUAUUAUAUGUGAUAAAUAGAAUUUCAAAUUGGACCUUAAAAUAUAUUUUAAUCAAUACGAACAAGACAGGUCGCAUCCAAUAACAACUCAAGACUGAAGACUAAUGAAAUACAAAGCAUGUGUUGGAGUGGGACUUGGUAAUAAAUUGUAAGCUUUCUUUAUGAGAUUAUAUUGUUUGUAAAUGAGGUGCAUCACAGAAACUAUUAUGGUCCUAACUGCUAUCUCGAGUCUAGGGUUGUUUCUAUCAUAUUUUAAAUUAUAAUAAAUUAAUAAUCUCCAAAGUA